UGUCAUCUAGUUUUCUAUGGAGGCCUGCCAGACGGGACCUUGCAAUUCCAGUUGCUGCACUCAGCAAUUUUCUUCAUCGCCUCUUCAAAACAACGCAAUCAACUUUGUAAACCACUCUCAUUGGCAAUGUCGUUGGAUGCAAACGUUUGGUGUUUGGCUCUUCUCGCCGCGUUUUGGCCAGCCGCAAAAGUGACUUCGGCCAAAGUGGAACAAUUCCCUCCAAUCUUAAACGUCCCAAUCGGUGGAAAUGAAUCCAUGUUCUGCAAAUUUCCAAUAUUACAAGAUACUGCUGAAGUUUCGUGGUGGAAGUCGGGUCAGAAGGCACUUAUAGAACCAGACAGCAGAAAUCAGUUCAAUGUGAAGAAAGGCAGGGGGACAUUUACCCUCCUGAAUGUGAGAUAUGCGGACGCCGGCUUGUAUUACUGUCAAGUGAAAAGUCAACAACAAAUAUUCGGAAAUGGAAAUGGCUCUCAGCUUAUUGUGUUAACUCCGCCGACUCCUCUGAAAAUCAUUCGUGUUGAAGAAGGAUCACCUAAAUCCCGGAAACUCAUGUGUAAAACUGCAGCAUUUUAUCCUAAGAAAUUAGACGUCUUUUGGCGAAAGAAUAAUAUGGAAAUUCUCACCAAAAUAGAAACGUCAAUACAUGAGAUUUCAGAAGGAUUUUAUGAGGCUUCCAGUACUUUGGAAGAUGCGCAGCCUGCUCAGGGAAAAAUGGUUUACACCUGUCUGGUAACUCACGAAACGCUCCAAGUUCCUGCCAGUUUCAGCUAUAUUAUCGAAGAAGACAGGAAUAAACCUUUGAUUCUUGGAUGUGCAUUGGGCGGAGUGGCAAUUGUAAUUCUGAUUAUAAUUUUGAAUGCUCAAGCUUUAGAAUCGAAACACGGACGUUGCAGAACAACAUGA